AUGUCAUGCGGCGCACUAACUAUUGUCUAUACAGAGCUCGUAUGCGAUUGCAAAAGGUUCUACUCAACCAUUCUUCCGAGGUUGGGUCAGUACGUUGUGCGCCCAUGGCUUCAUAGCCUAGGCUUGGAAGAGAAGACUGGAGAGGAGCUGACCGCGGAGAUGGACGAAUGGGGCUCCAAGAAGCUGCAGGAAGCUCUUUUAAGCCUGGGUGGCUUCUAUGUGAAGACUGGACAGGUACUGUCCACACGUGUGGACCUUUUCUCGAAACCGUACACCGAGCGCUUGCGAAUCUUGCAGGACAGCCUGCCUCCGGUGGAUGCGGCUGAGAUUCGUGAUAUCGUUUCCAAGGAGCUUUGCGGCGGUGGCAGUCUCUCGGAACUCUUAAAGGACUUCGAAGACGAGCCACUGGGCACAGCUUCCAUUGCGCAGGUUCACCGCGCUGUUCUCAAUGACGGCCGGGAGGUGGCCAUCAAAGUCCUGAGGCCAAACAUGGAGCCUGUCCUCCGAGGUGAUAUUGCCAACCUCAAAGUCUUCGCUCUUGCUGCCCGUGGGAGGCUUCCAGUGGACUACUACCCCGUUUUCUGUGAGUUAGAGCGAGCUUUGGAUGGUGAGCUGGACUUCCUCAACGAAGCACAGAGCGCAGCAAAGGCCAAAGGGAGGGAGCCGGGGAGCCAGGCCACGGAUGAAUCGGCUUCUUAUGUUUCAGCAAAUUUCCACACUCGGAAGCCACGAAAUCCAUGCAGGCUGUCAACGGUGCACAGCAACCUGCUUACAGACCAAUUCUCAACCACAAAUCCAGUUGCAUAG